AUGUCAUGGCGUGCUUUGAUGAAAAUGAAUGAAGCAUCAAAUGAUGAAUAUCAUUGGAUACCUGUGAAAAUUUUACGUAUAACAACACAAAUAGUAGCUGGUGUCAAAUAUAUCAUUGAUGUUCUUAUAGCACAAUCAAAUUGUACCAAAAAU